AUGUAGUGUAUCAUAGUAGCUGAGAGCUGAUAGAUCAAAAACCUUCAUUCAAACUUAAUUUCCGACCUAAAUUUCUGCUGGCUCGCUCCAUGGUUCGCUCUCUUCCCGUGCGCUGUGGCCCCUCCCAUAAAUUCCUGCAUGUCUGGUGUGAAGGAGGAGGAAUGAGGAGCAAAGAAGUCAGUCCGUGGAGCCACAACCAAAGAGGAGAUGACAAACAAUAAUAACAACACAAGUCAAUCCAAGAUCUUCAAAUUAUACUUUCACGUGUCUUAUUCUCUUUGACCAGCUCUGCGUCACGACGACGACUUGUACGCGCGUUUUUGUUUUUUCAGGCUAGCUGGAAAAGUUUUUGUUGCUCUUAAGGGCAAUUAUUUUGUAUCCUUGGGCUUCGAACUUCGUGGUAUUUGAUAUAAUUUCAUCCACAUAACAAGACGACAUCUAAAAGAGCUGCCAUGGAGAUGUUGGACAGUGGUGAGCCGUUUUUACAUUGGGAAAGGAACCUGAGCGAGCUGUCUGAAGCCGGGGACAUAGACAGUGCGCUCUACACCAACCAUUUUACGGAGCUCCUGGAUGACCUCUCCCAUGAUGCCUUGCUGGGUCAACUGCUUAGCGACCCUUUCUUGUCUGGGGUGAGAGGAGGAGGAGGAGGGGAGGCCAUGGAGGGAGACGAUGGGGAACUGUCACCAUCGUCUCCAAUUUCUCCUCACAUCACAGUGGAGCACAGCUACUCCCUUUGUGGAGACAGCAGACCCCAGUCACCUCUGUCCCACCUGACUGGAGAGCAUGGCAGUGAAGCAGGGGAGUCAGAUGGUGAUUCUGAGUGGCCCAUGGAGCAGGAGGAGUCCAUUGACCUGCUGUGUGAGACUCCCUCCCUGCUCCCCACACUUGCCCUGUCUCUGUCCUCUUCUGAAGUGCCCCGGGCCACAGAGGGAGUGACUGUCCCCCCUGCAGUCACCACAGCCCCUGUCCCACCCAAGUCCCCCAGUCAAGGCAAAAGCAUUAAGAUAAAAGAAGAGAACAUUACCCCACAGAUAAAACUGGAACCACAUGAAGUUGACCAGUUUCUAAAUCUUUCUCCAAAAGGUCUGGAGUCACUACAGAUGCCACCUACUCCUCCCAGUUCCCAUGGUAGUGACUCCGAGGGCAGUCAAAGCCCUGUGCAUGCUCCGACAGGCCUCUCCAGCCCCACCUCCCCCACUAGCCCCCCACCAUCACAGGCCAACCUCAAGGUGUCCCCACGAGCUCAUUCUUCUUUGUCCAACUCCCCUCUUCUAACCGCACCCCACAAACUGCAAGGUUCAGGGCCUCUGAUAUUGACUGAGGAGGAGCGUCGUACCUUGGUAGCUGAAGGUUACCCUGUUCCCACCAAACUGCCCCUGACCAAAGCUGAGGAGAAAGCACUUAAGAAGAUCCGCAGAAAGAUUAAAAACAAGAUUUCAGCUCAGGAGAGUCGCAGGAAGAAGAAAGAAUAUAUGGAUACAUUGGAGAAGAAGGUGGAGAACUGCUCCAAUGAAAACAGUGAACUGCGCAGGAAAGUGGAGACACUGGAGUGCACCAACAAGUCCCUGCUACAGCAGCUGCAGGCGCUGCAGGCCGUGGUCGCUGGGAAAGUCUCAAAAUCCUGUAGAGUGGCUGGAACACAGACCUCCUCAUGCCUCAUGGUGGUCGUCCUGUGUUUUGCUUUGUUCUUGGGGAGUUUUUACCCUAACAGUUUGACUCCCUCCUCCACAAUCACUGAAACAGAUCACUCAUCCAAACAGAUGGCUGUCAAAGAUUCCUACACAUCCAUAGUUAAGUCGAGGAAUCUUUUAUCAACUUUUGAGGAUGAACAGCCACACCUUCUUGGACUGGGCGGGGAGUAUCCGGACCAGUGGGAGGACACACCAGCUGUUGUUAUGGCAGCAUGGCGUCGUUCAGAGCAACAGAAAAUUGCCGUAGAGCCAAACAGGGUUGAAACCUAUCCUCCUUUCAGGAAUAAAAACAAUGACACUCAAAGACUUUUAGACAUGCACAGGUCUCUGGAUCCAAGGUCAAAUGGGAGCAGGAGCAAAGUGAUAGAGUUGGAACGAACAGUCAACGAGACAUCUUGAGUAUUCAGUCAUCGUCAAGACUAUAUGAACUUUGACCUCCUCCUUUAAGAGCAUGGGCCAGUGUCCCAAACCUCACGUCACUGCUGAACACUGAGGUCCAUCUGAACUUUUACAAUUCUUACACUGUAAUGAUGCAAAACAUCACUAUUGCUAGUGGCACUGGUUGCCAACAUUCCUGAAGUAAGUUGCACUGAAUAGUUUUCUACACAAGUCAUGUUUUCAUUUGUCUACAGUCUGAAAAAGAAAGGCUUAAGGAAUCGCUGGCAAAUGAAUUUAAGACCUGUUUAUAAUAACACAGCAUUUAUUCCACUGCAGAGUGUAUUUAACAAAUUAUGGCAUGUGGGGCUUUUACAGGGGACACUGACGUGCUAAAGCAUGGAGGAUCUAUAUAUUUAUAGAAAUUAAUGCUCUUUAAGUAUGAAUUGUAUUUCAUUCCAGCAAAAUGUGUGUCACAUUUUUUUAUAUAAUUGUAUAUUUUGUAUAAUGUUAUUAUUUGUUGUGAAGUAUCAAUAAUGAUGCUUGGAGGCUUUUCAUAAGGACUCUUGUAAAAAUGGGAAUUCACAUAGCCAGAUGUUACUUUGUUUAAAUUGUGGUAAAAGAUUUUAUGUUGAUGUUGUUCAAGGUGUGUCAGCAUUGACCUCAAUACAACUUAGUUUGUCUAAGUUAAUCAAUUUGCAUAUUGUGACAAAUGAGCUCCAAGAAAAUACAAGAGAAACUACACAAAAUUGUCACGGUUUUGUAAAUAUGGAUUUGUAUUGAUGCUAGAAUGACUAAAUAUCACCAUAAUCAUUUAGUUACCUACACAUCAAUGUCCUAACUUUUCAUUUCAAGUGUAUUAUAGUUAUUAUUUGUGUGCUCCAAAGCCUUUUUGUGAUGUGAGGCCAGUCCAAUCAUUGUUUGGUGAGGUUAACAAACCAAGUUAAACUUAACAUUAUUAUAAGUAAAUUUAUAUCAGUCAAAAUAAUUCUAUAACUUAUUUAUGAGUUUUGCAUCAAAUAUUUCAUUCCACAGCUCCAGUACAACAGAAAACAAAGGGCCAAUGUAUAUUUUAUUAAUUCUUUAAGUCUUGAUUUUUCACAAUUUUGCUGUUUCUUGUGCCUGAACUUAAAGCUUUUUUACAGUUUCAAAAUAAAGUAUUUUCAGUAUAAAAGCA